CUGUGUUUAAAUAAUUGAACUCUCAGUGUUGUUGGUAUUUGACGCGAUUAUUAACCGUUGAAGGUACCUUACGCUCCAUGUCAUUUACGCACUUACAUAUAUAACAAAUAUCUAAGUCGACAAAUGAUUAGAAAGAUUAUUUAGCAGUAGAUAAUGUGGUUACCUAUACAGUAGGUACAUGAACUAUUUGUAUCAUGAGUUGUUGUGUUUGUUACAGUGCAACGGAAAAUUUUAUUAGAAGAGGUAAAGUGAGUUAAAAGUCAAGGGUGUUAGUGAACUUAAACGAUCCUGAGUUAUUCCUACUGUGAUUUACGUGUAAAGGAAGAAGUUUUGGUUUUAAAUGAUAAUCCUUGAAGAUAAUUUAAAAGAUAAAAUAUGGAGUGGGUUCUUAGGAGUCCACAGAUUCAUAGCAUAUUCAGCAAUCUUGGCUUUAUGCACGCAGAUGGAUAUCACGUAAAUGACAACUGUAAUGCUGCCCUCGAAACUAUUUUACACAAUAUUAUAACUGAAGAUAAGUAUCUAAGGACAUACCGCAGGAGCAUCAGUUUCGGGCAAAACAUAAAAAAAGACUUAAUACCUCUUUUGAUUCACGCCAAGGAAGAUAAAACUAUAGAAUUACUAGUGAGAAUACUAGUCAAUUUGUCAAUACCCAUAGAGUGUUUGCUAUCCGUUGAAGUAACAUCGCAAUCAGAUUUUGGGUUGCAUAUAGUAUUUGAAAUAAACCAGUUACUCACAGCCACUAAAGCGGCCUUUACUGGUCCACGGGCAACAAAAGUAGUUGUCGACUUUUUAAAGAAAAAUGUGGAUCCUGGUCAAGCAGUAGUGUCGCCGGAACAAUGUACAAAUAUAAGUAACAGUCUUUUGUUAUUGAGAAACAUACUACAUAUACCAGAGGACGUUAAAAGUCCUAUUUCAGGCAACAAUGGACCUGGUCACGCCGUGCAAAAUCAGAUUCUCUGGAACAUGUUUAGCCAAAGCGUUGAGAAAGUACUGAUUAAGCUAAUGAUUAUACCGGAAGCGACUAAUUGGGGAGUUACAAUGGUACAACUUAUAGCACUGAUGUAUAAAGAUCAACAUGUUGUUACAUUGCACAAACUUCUCAAUAUGUGGCUGGAGUCGUGUAAUUCUGAGAGUUCAGAAGACAAUGAAAGUAACACUUCUCCACCGGAUAGAGGUAGUGAAGAUUCAUCACCUAUGCUGACAUCAGAUCCGACGUCAGAUUCGUCCGAUACGGGUGGUAGCGGAAAAAGUAACGAUGAACCAAAUUCGGAGACCAAUGGGUGGGGAACUUCCGAAAACAUUACAAUGAAAGAUGAGAAUCAACAGUUUCUACCUCCGUUACCUGUUGAGAAUGACAUUCACAUGAGGGAUCAAGACGCAUCGACUAGCGAUGAAAAUAUGAAAUCUGAUAGUGAAGAAAAAGCGAUGUCAGAAGAUUUACCAACCGAGACAAGUAAUAAUCAACAGCCAGCAAAGGCUGAGAAGAAGGGGAAGGGGAUAAUAUCUGAAAAUUCUGAUUGCGGAUAUGCAACGCAAAUCGAAAAUCAAGAGUCAAUUUCUACUUCAAGCAACGAUGACGAGAUACCUUUCAAAAAACCAGUUCACCAAAAACCACACAAUCCUAAACAACGAGUGAACACCAAGGCACGGACUGGUGUUACAUUACAAGAGAGAAAGCGUAAGAAGAUAACUAAAAGGGGUAAAGCGAACAUUGAAAAUCUAAUUCGUUAUUUCAGCAUAAACGUACAAGGGCUUACUCAUCAAACUCCAACAGAUGAUGACAUAUCCAAUGUGAUUAAAGAAUUUACUGUUGACUUUUUACUCAAAGGUUACAAUUCUUUAGUACAAACACUACAUAGUCAAAUCCUCACAAACGUAUUAUUGGAAAUCGACACGUCACAUUUUUUCUGGUUAGUGACUUAUUUUCUGAAGUUUGCUACCCAAAUCGAGUUGGAUUUAAAACAAAUUUCCGGUGUAUUAUCUUUUGAUAUAGUAUCAUAUUUGACCGCUGAGGGUGUCAAUUUAUGUGAACAAUUUGAAUUGGCUGUUAAGCUAGACAGAAAUAACUUGAAGCCAAGUAGCCGGCGUCUUCAUCUGGUUGUUACAGCCAUCAGAGAGUUUGUACAAGCUAUUGAAGUGUACAAAAAUUUUCCACAUAUUUGUACCGUUGAUAAAGACGCCCUUAUAACAUUACAAAACAAAAUGUGUGAAACCGAUGAAUUGAGAUUACUUUUAGUGCUGCUGUUACGUCACUAUAAUCCGAAAUACCAUUCCAAGCAGUAUUUACAGGACCUCGUUGUAACAAACCACAUACUGCUGACAUUUUUGGAUAGCGCCAUGAGAAACCCGAACUACACCGGUUCUACCGACAUUGUAGAACACAUUAAACAGUUCGCGGCCCCUGAAAUAAUGUACCAGUACGGGCUAUUGCUAGAAGACUACGCGGUGAACGGGGAGUUCGUCAACGACUGCGUGUUCACGAUCAUGCACCACGUGGGAGGGGAGCUGGACAGUUUGAUCAGUUUAUAUCAACCUAAGAUAUUGAAGACGUUCACUUCUAUUUGGAGGUCUGAAUUUGAAAUAUGCGACGAUUGGUCUGACUUAAUAGAAUAUGUGAUAAACACGUUCAUAAAGAAGCCGCAAGCGCUGUUAACUAUUGACAAUUUUAGAAUGGAUACACAGAUAUUUGACGAGAAGAAAGUCGUUACUGAACACCAAGCAGUAGUUGCGUCUGCAAAGAAAGAUCCCCAGCCUGCGGCCGAAGGGGGGAAGAAAAAAUCUGUACACAGCAGUGCGAGUCAGUCAUCUACAGAAAGGUGGACGGAAGAAGAACUGUCAACUUUAAAUUGGAAUUAUCUGCAAUGCAAGACUCAUCCGGAUGUCAUCGGCGAAAUCUUAAGAUGCCUCAAAGAAGACAGCACAGUUAAGUCUAAAGAUUCUGUGAUCAGAGAAUUAUACAAGCAAAAUAUAAUAAACAAAGAGGAAUAUGAAAAACUGUCUAAGUCUGAAGUUAAUACCGAUAAGAUGAACAAAGAAAUGAGGGAUGUCGAAAUUGGAAAACUUUGUGAGCAACUAAGACAGGACGGAAAAACUAAAUGUUUUGACUGGGUUCAACAAGUUUUACUUGAAACUUGUUACGCAAAAUUGCAAAUCCAGAAGAGGUACUGUAGCGAAUGCGGCACGACCGCGGGUCAAACGGGUAUCCAUCAGUUCAAGUUGUUUAAUCAAGGGUUCAAUUCGCCAGUGAUGUCUCCUGUGUCCUAUCACGCUCUACUUCUUAAUCAGUCUGUGCCCCUGGUACCGUGGAAUUGUGAACAAGCUGCCAUGUGCAAGGAUUUAAAGUUUUUGCAACUGCUACAUAAACUGGGAUUCCAAAUGCCGGUUGACACCGGCAAAGUAUUCAUAAGGAUACCGCACGUCUGGUCAGCUGAUGUCUUGUACGAAGUGGCUGGCAGAGUCGCUGUUAUUGACACAACAAAAUUAAAAUUCUCCGUCAACGAAAUAACUAGUAGCGGGUCCAAGAACGCUAUGCAGCAGUGCAACUCGCCGCUGCCGACGCUCGCCAAGGACGGCACUUCGAUGAUCGCCGCGCCAGAGAACUUCUAUCAGAUACACAAACAGAAACACCUCGCCUCUAUUAUGAAUUUUACGCCUAGGCCAGGUUCGUCGUUCAACACGGAUGUUCAAAACGAAAGCAAGCGCUGUUGGCUGGAAGUAGUGCAACAGUCUCAAGACCUUCAAUUGACUUGUACCGUGGGAAGUGUCCUGGAAAACGUGGAGGAGCUAACGAAAUCGAAGGCACCUUCGAGUUCGGCGGUGCAGCAGGCGGCGGCGGCGCCCGCCAUGCCCGAGAUCGAGCCUCCCAAAGUCUUCAUCGCUCAGCUCGAGAGCCACUCUGAGGAGUUGGAGGAUAACAACAGCGUCAGCGAAACGGCAUCGGUCGCAUCAGACCUAACCCGCAUGUACGUUUCGGACGAAGAAGAGAAAUUGGAAAUAGCACUACGGCCAAGCGUCACAGCGGAUGCCAUCGUCGACGGCUCCGCCGGCCGCGCCGAGCGCUCCGCCGCCGAGCGACCCGGGGUCUACGCUCCCACUUUCUGAAGAAAACCAAACACAAUUCUCACAUUCUAUUCUUACGUCAAUGGCCAGCGAUUAGAAUAAGUACCUAUUGGCUAUGUGCACGACAUUGACGCCUCUUGGCGCUUUUCGGAAUCGUUUAAUUAUUUGACAGUUGCCUUUUAACAGAUUUGGUCAUACAUAUUUUGUAAAAACAAUGACUUUAAGUUCGCCUUGAACUAGUAAUUUUAGUAAAACGUGAUAAGAAGCCACUUUAUGAUACGUGAUGUGAACGUGAUAGGACGAUCAGCACUGACUUUUGGGUUAUGCUGAGGCGGGACCAUUUCGUGGAAACAAUUUAAUUAAUUUAUUAUAUGUUUAAAUUUCUUUGUUGUUUUAUACUUGUGCAUGUUAAAAUUAAUUACUUUUAAAAUGCUAAUUCAUCGCCGAAUUAAAUAGCGUAGGUAUAAACCGGCACCUUGCCUAACAGACAGGGUACCUACCUACUUGAUAAAAAUUGGGCCCUGGUGCUUGGUGUUAUAUGCCCUUAACUUUAACUCACUUGGGCUUGUCUAAAUAUGUCAUCAAAAUGACGAAUAUAAUUAUACCGAACAAGUAUAUUUAUGUUUAAUUUUUUUCCCACGUUAUUUUAAAAUAGUACACCUUUUUAAAAGAUCAAGUCCUUUAAAAACUUGAAAAUAAAGGCAGGAGUGGCAACUUAACUACGUCAUUUAUUUUUAAGAGGUGGUUUUUAUUAUUGCCUAACUAAGUACUCUUAACUCAUAUGAACUAUUAAGGUUAUAAGCCUAGAUUUACGAGCCAAUAAAUAACAAGUCUUAAGUAAUUCAAUUUUUAAUUGAAUUUUGAUAGACUUCAGCCGCGAUAUCGCGUCCGAAGUAUACAUAUUUAAGGGAUUAAAAUUAAGCCUAAUAAUGAGGUAUCUAUAUAGGAGAGGAAGGUGAGGUAGGAAAAUGGGGUCUGGGUUAAUACCCAACAAACAUCAGCAUUGUUAAUACAAUGCUGAUGUUUCUUUUUCAUUACUUUUGUUUAUGUUUAAUAGUCAACUUUGAAAUAUUAAUCAAUCAUUCACAUUUAACUGCUAGGUACUUCUUUAUAAAAUGAUUUUUUUUUAUUCGUUGAUGUAUACCGAAUCUCCUUUCUUGCCUUUACUUUACAAUGAACAAAUGUCGAGCGCUAUCUGUAAUUUUACUGUAAUUAAUAUUAACUCCCUUUAUAACUUUUUCUUCUUAAGUGUAAUGAAAAUAUGGGGUGUAACACGGGCGAAUAGUCAUAAACCCCCAUUGCGUGGGGUUUCUAUUGAGUCUCAUUAACAAUUUUUACCCAUGCCUUCCUUAUUGCACAAUACUGUACAUUGGGGUACUGUAUAUCACACGGGAUUGUUAUGCCAUUUAGGGUUCUUGCUAAAUUGGAAAUUCUAUAAGCAUAAGUAUUGAACAACCAAUUUAGCUAGGACCCUAAAUGGCGCAACAAUUGCGGAGCGUUAUACUAUACAUUGAAUACUUAAAGUUACUGAAUUCUGUUAUAAUCCUUUUUAUUUUAUAAAAGUUUAAGACUAAACAAUUGUUGAAAGUAGGCAUACAGAAUUACACAUAAAGGGUUCACGUAUCUUUAUUGUUGUGUAAAUGUUUGGUUAGUUAAAUAAUACAAUCAUUAUUCGUCCUGGAAAAAAAUAUAUUUAUAACUGCGAUUUGCCCACCUAACAUAAUAUAGCACAUAGCCUAUAAGAAUGAUAAUUUUAAAGUAGCAAGUAAGAUUUAUAAUGUCAUUCGAUGUUUGGGUGUUGUUAAAUGUUCUUGUGUUAAAUUUGUGUUAAGUUUUAGAAUUAUAUAAUGAAUAAUGGUCAAUUUUAAUAAAUUUGAUGUAAUUCGUUUACA